AUGGCCAAACUGCUUGUUACGCUUCUGAUCGCCAAGGGCGCCUUUGCACAACCAGAUGUGGUGCCACUGCAGCACCAUCCACAGUACCCGCAAAGCCUGGACCCUGGCGCCCUCGGCAAUCUCAAAGAGACGAGCGUCCUCGACAAGGCGGAACUUGACUUGAGCAUCACGCGCGCCCAUGCCUUGGUGGCCGAGCUUUUGGUGGGAACCCCACCGCAGAAGAUGACCUGCCUACUGGAUACGGGCAGCUCUGACCUUUGGAUCCCUUCCAAACGCUGCCGGAGUUGCGAGAACGAGCAUCUCUUUCAUGCCGACAGGUCUUCCACCUUCGUGCCCGAGCUUCAUGAGACGCCACAGGGCCGCCGCCCUUUGUCGGUGCAAAUCAGCUAUGGAAGUGGCCAAAUCACAGGCUACAAGGUGCAAGACACGGUCAGCUUUGGAGGACAUACCGUCCGCAACCAGACCUUCAUCAUCGUUGAAGAGGCGCUUCUUCCUCCAAACAGGGACUGGGACGGAAUCUGUGGCCUCGGAUGGCAAAGCAUCUCGCGGCUUGGGCAGCCGCUCUACACCAGAUUCCAGGACCUGGGCUUCAAGGCCAUGUUCACGGUGGUGCCCGAGGGCAGCACUUCUGCGCAUCUCUCUGUGGGCCCCUUCCCGCAACAUGCGGUGAAGCCGGGCACUACGGUGUGGGCAGAUGCCGAGGCCAUCCACGGAGGCGACCGGAGCUUCUGGAUCACCACCGGCGGGAUCGCGGUCCACAAGCAGACGCCGCACCCCGCCCGAUUCCUUGUGGAUACAGGUACCAACCAAGUGCUGCUGGCCCCACGCCGGCUCUACAUGAGCAUCAUGCGGUCGGUGCUGCCACGUGACAAGUUCAAUGACCUCUGCGGCAUGGACCACAUGGAAGGUGGUGUUGUCUUCUGUGAUUGCUCCAUUGUAGAUGCCUCACGGGACCUCCCUCCUCUCCGCAUCUUCAUCGCGGAGCGCCCGUUCGAGUUGCCUGUGGAGGAGAUGUUCAUCCGGGUACCCGCCAGGACUUCCGGAGGGCCUGGGGAGGCGUGCAUGCUGGCGAUCCAGCCAAACAACCUGCAGAUCAGUGGCCUCGGAGGGACGGCGCCUCCGCUCCCCCUGCCCUUUGGAGGCCUUGGAGGGCUACUCGGAGACUUGCCGAAGCUCGACGACUUCCCGUUUCCCUUUCCAAAGCUUGGCCUGCCGCUUUUCGGAGACGGGGCGGAGCAUCAGCGGAGCUCCGACUCCGCACCACCCUCACCCUUUCAAGGGCUUGAUCUGCCGCUCUUCGGCAACGGCCUGACUGGGGCCACUGGGGCCACUGGAACCACUGGAAGAGCCGCCGGAGCCCCUGCGACUGGGCAGGGACCUGUGGACAGCCAAGCGGGCUUGGGUGCUUUGCCAAAGCUUGGCCUGCCCCUGUUUGGCGAUGCGAACGGUAAAGGCCCUGGCAGCUCGCCAUUUUCCAUGGGAGGCCUUCACAUCGGGCGACUUGGCUCAGGCAUCUUGUCGGAGCAAAUUCAGGAGCAGAUCCACACCCGACCGGAUGGGACGGUGUGCAAGACCACCCUGGUCGUUGUCAACGGCAAGGAGAAGAGCCGAAAGGAAGACUGCUCGAAGCCUCGGGCAGACAUGGCCGACGAGGUCAGGCGGCUGCAGCUGGUGGUGCCCAUGGGUGGCAUCUUGGAGAUUCCGCUCGAUCCUGCAGGCAACGUUCCCGAGGAGGAGCAGGGCCCCGAGCUGUGGGUCCUGGGCGGCAUGUUCCUGCAGCGCUUCGUGGUGUCCUUCGACUUCGACGAGGCCACGGCUUUCAUGAUUGAGGUUCGACACCGUAGAUGCCCUGCUCACUGGACCAAAUGA